AGAGCAGGUACAGGUACAGACCUCCCCCAAAAUUCAAUUCUUCUUUUUUCGAAAUUUUAAUUCAAAAAGAAAAAUGGAUCGAUCGGAGGAGCCGUUACCUUUCCCAUCAACCACCGAUUCCGAUGAACUUUCAGCGUUCUCUGCCGGAGCUUCAAGCGGUGGCGGUGGAGGAGGGAUGAAGAGCAGCAAAGUGAAAGGACCUUGGUCUACGGAGGAAGACGCGGUGCUUACGAAGCUUGUGAGUAGGUUAGGUCCAAGGAACUGGAGUUUGAUCGCUCGUGGUAUCCCUGGACGUUCUGGCAAAUCGUGUCGAUUGCGUUGGUGUAAUCAGCUUGACCCUUGUUUGAAGCGUAAACCGUUCUCUGAUGAGGAAGAUCAUAUGAUCAUCUCUGCUCACGCCAUUCACGGGAACAAAUGGGCCGUGAUUGCUAAACUGUUACCGGGAAGGACAGAUAACGCUAUCAAGAACCAUUGGAACUCAACUCUUAGACGUAAAUACGCAGAUCUUUGGAAGAAUAAUAGUCACUUUGUGGCUAAUCAAGUUACUACCGCUUACAUCAAGAACGAAAACGUCGAACAAGAUUUGCCUCAAGUAGAGAUUAUUUCACAACCAGAGGUUCCACAAGUGGUUGAUGUUACAAUGAGUGAUGAGCCUACUACACAAGUUGAUGAUGUUACAAUGGAUGAUGCAUUAGCCAAUGAGCCUCAAGAACAAGCUCCUAUAGAGAGUAGCAUUCCUGUGUUUCGCCCGGUGCCUCGCGCUGGCGCGUUCAGGGUAUAUAACCCAACCAGCCAGAGAAAUGGAUACAGGGAUCAGAACGUGGUUCCAUGUGAAGGACCGUUGAUUCAAGCGGCUAAACCUGACUCAUUAGCUGGUAAAUUUCUACAAUCUCUUUGUGGAGAACCUAACAUACCUUCAAAAUGUGGUCACGGUUGCUCUACUCAUCCAGCUGAACUCGGUAAGUCGGUAUUGGGAGCUGAGUUUGUGGAUUACGAAGAGCCUUGUCCUGUUUUUAACCAAGAACUGAUAUCUAUAGCUACUGAUUUGAACAACAUUGCGUGGAUAAAGAGUGGUCUUGACAAUACUAUUGUCAGAGAAGCAGAACAGAGUUUGAAGAUGGAUCGUUUCGGUUUCAAUGAUGAUCCUCGUAACAAGUUUUCUGGAAUGAUGCCUAGACAACAUUUCUUCUGUGCAAGAAGCUGA